UGAUGAUCUGUGUAGCCCCAUCUGUGCUACCUGUCAGUGUCCAUCAAUUCCAGCUCUGUGCUCAUCAGUGCCUCGUGCCAUUGCCCAUCAGUAUCACAUCAAUGCCACAUAUCAGUGCCACAUAUCAGUGCCCAUUAGAGCUGCCCUUCAGUGUCACCCAUCAGUGCCAGUCAGUGCCACCUAUCAGUGCUGUCAAUCAGUGCCGCCUAUCAGUGCCAGUCAGGGCCACCUAUCAGUGCCAGUCAGUGCCACCUAUCAGUGUGCAUCAGUGCCACCUAUCAGUGCCCGUCAGUGCUGCCUAUCAGUGCUAACAGUGCCAGUCAGUGCCACCUAACAGUGCUAUGCCAGUUAGUGCUACCUAUCAGUGCCACCUAUCAGUGCCGCCUAUCAGUGCCAUAUAUGAGUGCUGCCUUUCAGUGCCCAUCAGUGAUGCCUGUCAAUGCCCAUCAGUGCCACCUACCAGUGCCUCCUCAUCAGUG